UUUAAAUAGAAGGCUUCGAGAGUUCUUUCAUGUGUAGAAUUUAGUUUGUUUAUGCUCAAAUGUAUUUCCACCACCAUUAUCACAAGCAAACACCACAAAAACACGAGAAUUUCAAGUAUGGAAAACAAGAUAUUAGGAGGACGUAUAUGGAACGUAUCCCCGAGACUGGGACGACUAGAACAUGUGGAGGUAGAAGCCGAGGACCUAAGCGGGAGGAGCAUAUUUCACUUGUGCGUGAUUGUCCUGUGGAUAUUUUUGUGCUUCUAUGUCCUGUCCAAGCUGACCCAUCUCGUGGAGCAGUUCAUCGGCCAGCGGCUCCUUCGCCAGAAGCAAUGGUGCGACGUCCGCACAAUUAAAACCGAUUGGGAGCAGACCCUGCAACUUUAUGAGGAGGACAAGCGCCAGCUGGACGCACAGGUGCGCGAGUUGCGAGAAAGGAACCUGAGUAUGGAGAGCUUGAUGGUCGAUCUGCGAGACUACAACAUCCACUUGAUCAGUGAAAACUUUAUGCGGUCCGUGAUGCAGGAACAGAAAACAAGGUCGGCGCAGCCAAACAUCUACAUCACCAACAGCCACUUCCACCUUAUACGCCAGAUGUUUCUGAAUGAAAGUCAAAUCAAUCUCGACGUCCAUAACGCUGGCGAAAAAGGAGCCUCCGGGGAGUCGAAAAAUGUCUGGCUACAGUAUCUGAGGAUGCGCAAGUGCUAUAUGGGUCCGAUUGCUGAUCCAAAUUUGAUAGAUCCCAGCACUACCGAUCAGAUUCUCCCAAUUGUUAUGACGACAGAGCAGUUGGCCGAGUUGCAAGAUGGUUUCACGAUAGCAAAGAAUAAGGGCGAAAUAUGAAACCGGAAAACGGGAGAAGAUGAGACACCCAGAGUAUACCCAGUACCGAUGACGUAAAUUGCGGAUGGAUGCCGAUGAACGGAGCAUGCUCUUGCACUUGGCAGACUGCAAACGCUCUCUGCUAUGAGUACUCUACAACAAUACUACUAUGGAAGGUAGCAGAGCAGAGCGGCCUAUUUCUCGAUGGUUGUUUAUAUUUGGAUGCAGUUUUAUGCGCUCUCCUAUCUCUGCCACGCUUUUAUUUUAUUUUUUGUAGGUUUGUAUUUUGGGUUUGUUAUUUUUCAGGGCGUUGUAAAAUUGAACAAAUAUGUACAUCAUGCGACGAAGGUUGAGGACGGGUGGAAUAGUAAACAGUAAAAUGUACAAUAUGUGCUUAAAA